ACUGGUGGAAACUUGACAGAGGCUGACUUGGACAUUCCUUCUUCCCCUCUGGUGGAAAAAAAGUCUGCACAGGAGCUGGAGACUGUCCACGUUUACAGCGCUGCUCCACAUCUGGCGCUGCGCUCCUUCGCACUGCGGCUCCGCCAUCCAGCGGCUUCCAGCGGCCUCUCUCCGCUCUCCGAACCCCUGCUCGGUUCCCCUGCGUGCCCGCGAAGAUGUGCGCCUUCGUCCUUUUCCUCCUCAGCGCCUUGUAUUCCGUGGAGUGCAAUCCCAGCCCCGUCCUCGCAGAUGUAGUCGUGGACAGAGACUUCGUCCCCGCGGUCUGCGUCAGGGAGGCGAAAGGCGGAGAUCAUGUUCGGUACCACUACAACGCCACGUUCACAGACGGGAAAACCUUCGACUCCAGCCUCCAGAGAGGAGGCGCCAAGGUGGCCCUGCUGGGCGAGGGGAAGCUGCUGGCGGGCGUGGAGAAGGGUCUGCAGGGCAUGUGCGUGAACGAGCGCAGGAAGAUCACUGUGCCCCCCCACCUGGCCUACGGCAGCACGGGGGCAGGCGACGUCGUUCCCCCGGACGCCACCCUGGUGUUUGAGAUCCAGCUGCUGGACCUGUGGAACCAGGCGGACCUGGUGGUGACGAAAACCAUCACCACUCCCAGAGACUGCAAGCGCUCCGUGAUGCGCACCGACUUCGUGCGCUACCAUUUCAACGGCACCCUGCUGGACGGCACCACCUUUGACUCCAGCUACACCAGGAAGCAGACCCACGACUCGCUGGUGGGCGAAGGCUGGCUGAUCAAGGGCAUGGACGAGGGCCUGCUGGGCAUGUGUGUCGGAGAGAUCAGAAACAUCGUCAUCCCGCCCUUCAAGGCCUACGGAGAGAAGGGAUCAGGAACAGAGAUUCCCUCCCAGGCCACUCUGGUGUAUGACGUGAUGCUGGUCGACAUCCACAACCCAAAAGACAACAUCACCAUCGAGCAGCAGCUGGUGCCCGAGUCGUGCACGCGCAAGUCCGUGGUGGGGGAUUACAUCCGGUACCACUACAACGGCACCUUCCUGAACGGAGUGACCUUCGACACCAGCUACCAGAGGAACAGCACAUACAACACCUACAUCGGGAUGGGCUACGUGAUCGCAGGGAUGGACCAGGGCCUGCUGGGGGUCUGCAUCGGGGAGCGGAGGAGGAUCACCAUCCCUCCACACCUGGCGUACGGAGAGCAGGGAGCAGGCAAUGUGAUCCCUCCCUCGGCGGUGCUCGUCUUCGACAUCCACGUCGUCGACUUCCACAACCCCAGCGACCAGGUGGGCGUCCAGGUCACCUUCAGGCCCGACGUCUGCAACGACACCACGGCGGCCAACGACCUGGUGCAGUACCACUACAACUGCAGCCUGGUGGACGGCACGCUGCUCUUCUCCUCACACGACUACGGUACCGUCCAGGACGCCGUGCUGGGCUGGGACAAGGUGAUCGACGGGCUGGACGAGGGUCUGCGCGGCAUGUGCGCCGGGGAGCGGAGGGUGGUCACGGUGCCGCCUCACCUCGGCCACGGGGAGAAAGGAGCCGCCGGCGUGCCGAGCAGCGCCGUGCUGGUCUUCGACAUCGAGCUGGUGGGCUUCGAGAAGGGCGUGCCCCCGGGCUACCUGUUCGUGUGGCUCAGCGACACUCCUGAAAACCUGUUUGAAGCCCUGGACGCCGACAAGAACGCAGAGGUGCCACAGGAGGAGUUCGGGGAGUUCAUCAAGCUGCAGGUGGCCGAGGGCAAAGGUCGCAUAAGGCCCGGGAUGACCAUGGAGCAGGUCGUCGCCGACAUGUUCCAGAACCAGGACCGCAACAAGGACGGCGUGAUCACGGCCGACGAGCUCAAGCUGAAGGUGGACGAGGACAAGGAGCGGAGCGAGGAGAGGCACGACGAGUUGUGACGAGGACGGAGCGCCGCUCUCUCUCUCUCAGGGAUCAAAACCUCCCCAGAAACAAGCAAAGUGAGACUUCUGCUUCGCAGCACCAAAGGUUUAAUGUUCUCCACAUCACCAUCAGACAGACAGUCUUUUGAACUGACGAGGCAACAGUGCAAAGAAAUCUUCUGUGGAGUUUUACGCUGUGUGAUUGUUGACCAAAAGCACCUUUAAUGUCCCCACAAGUCACGGGAAUUAAAACGUUUGUAAGAAAC